ACGAAAUCAGGACCGACAAGACAAGUCAGUCUUAAGAUUUCUAUAACCCCGACGACACAACAACUUCAACGCCCUCGCCCAACUUUGCGAUCCCUUUUUCCCACAUCGACUCUUUGCAGGAGAUUACGGGAAAAGAUGUCGACCUUCGAGCCAGUGGUUGUCAUUGAUGGCAAGGGACACUUGCUCGGUCGUCUUGCCAGCACGGUCGCGAAGCAGCUCCUGAACGGCCAGAAGAUCGUCGUUGUCCGAUGCGAGGCGCUCAACAUCUCGGGCGAGUUCUUCCGUGCUAAGCUCAAGUACCAUGCCUACCUCCGAAAGAUCACCCGAUUCAACCCAACCCGAGGCGGUCCCUUCCAUUUCCGUGCGCCCGCGCGUAUCUUCUACAAGACCGUCCGCGGCAUGAUCCCACACAAGACCGCCCGCGGCGCCGCUGCCCUGGAGAGACUGAAGGUCUUUGAGGGUGUUCCCCCGCCAUACGACAAGAAGCAGCGCAUGGUUGUGCCCCAGGCUCUGCGUGUCCUCAGAUUAAAGCCCGGCCGGAAGUACUGCACAGUGGGCCGAUUGGCUCACGAGGUUGGCUGGAAAUACCAGGAUGUUGUUGCAAGACUGGAGGAGCGGAGAAAGGUCAAGGGUGCUGCGUACUACGAGCGGAAGAAGGUUGCACGACGACAACUCGCCGAGGCCCAGAAGACUUCUGCCGACGCGAAGACCAAGGAGAAGUUGGCCGCUCUCGGCUACUAGACUCACCAUACUCCUAUCAACUUGUUACCCGUUCACCGUCGGUCUUCGUUCGCUGUUCGAUUCUUUUCUCGACAUGGGAGGAUGUGGUAUGCAGGUGGCGUACCACCGCACGGAGACACGAAGAAUACCGGUAGUGGAUGCAAUGCGUGACAGUGGAAGGUCGGAACCGGAUUGACUUUGUGGCGUCGGAUCUAUCCCGGCUGCCAUACCCUGACGAAAUGUCAUCCGCCCGUAGGAUUGCAGGGCCUGGUGAGCUAUUUUUUGAUGUUGACGUUUGCUGGCAGUCUGUCAUCAAGGCGGCAUGGCUGUUUGUCAACCUAGCAUGGGGUUAUGCACGAGGAGUGAUCGUUCAGAAAAACAAAAAUGCCAUAGGACGGCCAUUCUGCUUUUCAGCCUAGACUCUGCGUGGCUUUGAAAGUGCUUCAGCUACGGAAACCAUGAGCAGGGAAACAAAAUAAAAUGAUGAAAACUGCCAAGUGAUGGUUGCUGGUGUUCAUUGCUUUCUAGUUGUAUUGCUAAACUAAUCUAUCUCCAUCAGACAUGGACCGAUGCAACUCUAGGUCUGAAAAUGUGCAAAUCCGCGUGUUGUAUAGCAUAUCCCUCGUUGGGCAUCAGGUAUCACAUGCCAGCGCCCACCACUAUGUUGCUCGGUCGAAAACAAAGUCAUUGGCCAAGAAGGUAGUGCACUCAAGCGGUCGGUUUCUUCUCGAAUCUGCUAUCCAUCGCCAGAGUG